UCCACGUGCUCAUUAUAAACUUUCUAUACUCCAUGAACUCCAUCCAUAACCCCAGAUAACGCGUUCCUCAAGCCAUGGCUUCACCUCAGGUCACUUCGCCAGCUCAGGCCUCCUUCUCCAGUCCAUUGUCGGGCUCUAGAAGCAGUACAAGGCUUGGCGACGAUGUUACGAGCCUCACGUCUUUCAAUCCAUUCUCGGAAGAAGAUGAAAACGACCAGUCUUCUUAUACCCUUGUUACCUCCAUUUUUUCGCGGAUGAAAAAUUCUCUGGCUGCUCCUCUUUCUUCAGCAGCAGCUACGACGUCGAUCGUCAACAACAACGGCUUGAACGUGAACGGAACUCCAGCAGGAGCCCAAGAUCAGAAACGGCCCUCCUUACAGUCGCAGUCCGCUGGCCCUGCGCGCCAAUCGAGCAUAGACCGUCCGAAUACUCUGUCUUCUCAUGCAAAUCCAGCUCCUCCACUAGUCUCGUUAACACCAGCGCAAUCAGAAGCACCUACGUACAGUGUGGAGUAUGAACGAUCUCCGUCUCGGUCUGGCAUGUUCUAUUCGGAAUCCGGUGAUGGAGGCCUGUUUGGAACAUCUAUACCUGGUUUUCCUAUCCCGGAUGAUGCUCGAAGCAUAAAGACCACAGGCAGUCUCCAUAGAUCGGGCUCGGUGUCUAAAGUAAUUAGGAGAAUUCGGGGUGAAGGUCUAUCUCGAGAUUACUGGAUGGAUGAUGAGAAUGCAAAGGAGUGCUAUGAUUGCAAGAGCAUAUUUACCACCUGGAGGAGGAAGCACCACUGUCGGAUAUGUGGACAGAUAUUCUGCUCUAGAUGUGCAUCCAAUGUUAUAAACGGUUCUCGUUUUGGACAAGAUGGCAGGGUCCGUGUAUGUAACCUUUGCCUUGACAAGUUGGCCAAUGUAGACGACGACGACGAUGACGACAGAAGGUCCAUCGUAUCAUCUGUCACUUCCUUUCCCGCUCAUCAAUUCGGUCUUGAUUCGUUUUCUCUGGGACAUCAUCCUCAAUCUCCCUUUGCCGCCUCACAAUUAUUUGGGCGGGAUGAACCGUUCAAUUUAUAUUCCAUCGCCGAAACCAAGAGACCGAUCUCUGGCUCCGAGGAUAGUGGUCUCCUAUCUAGAUCUCAUACUCCUCAGUUGCACGAUCUUGUCUGGGAUAAUGGUGAUGAUAAUCCAGCGCCUUUCCGGCGCGCGCUGUCCGAUGAGGAGAAGGACGUAUCAAAUUUGCCGGACCCAUUCAAUGAGGAUUCACCCACUGCUCCAGGCUCCAAGACUCCCAUUGAAUUUCCUAUCGUGUUUCCCACUAACAACGAAGGCCCCAGUUCCAUUCAAUUUCCCGUUGGAUCGCCUGAAAAUGGGCCGGAAAGUCCAUUUGCAACUGGUCGGAUGAGAUCACGAUUCAACUCAUAUGCGGAAUUCGAAUCUGCCACACCUUUCAUUCGAAGUCGUGUUCAGAGUCGGCUGGACAAUGUGGUGACGAGCGAGCCCGGAUGGCGGACGAGGCGAGAGAGCACUGCUUAUGCACAGGAGCUCAACCUCACAUCGAUGCUUCACUUGAAAAUAAUGCUGAGGCAGAUGCUAACAAUCGAGCAAAUCCCAAAUGUCAAGGAAUGGGAGGACACUCUCCUGAAGCUUGCACUCCGCAUAGCUCGUGAACUCACCUUCACUACAUUACCUCACCGUCAGGGUGAAGACAUGGACGUCCGUCGAUAUGUGAAAAUCAAAAAGAUCCCUGGAGGUGCUCCUCAUGAUUCAGAAUACGUCGAUGGGGCUGUCAUCACAAAAAAUGUCACGCACAAAAACAUGUCGAGAUCACAACGAAACCCGCGCAUUAUGCUAGUGACAUUUCCUCUUGAGUUUUCCCGCGUCGAGGGCCAAUACAUGCAUUUCGGACAAAUUGUGCGACAGGAGAAAGAAUACCUCGGUAAUUUGGUUGCUCGUAUCGCCGCGUUGCGACCCCACGUUAUAUUGGCUGAAAAAUCGGUGUCAAGGAUCGCUCUCGAAGCAUUGCUUAACUAUAACAUUGCAGUGGCUCGUACUGUUCGACCGUCAGCGAUUCAGCUCAUAGCUAGGAUGACUCAAGCUGAUCUCUUUUCGUCCAUGGAUAAAUUGGCUUUAGAACCACGGUUGGGUCACUGCGCACGGUAUCAAGUGCAGACCUUUGAUCAUCCUUUGAUCCCCGGUCGUCGAAAGACGUUCAUGAGAUUCGAAGGAUGUAGUCGGGAUAUGGGCUGUACGAUCAUUCUGCGUGGAGGAGAUAUUUCCACGCUCCGGAAGAUUAAGAAGGUCACUCGAUUUCUGACCUUCAUCGUACGCAACUUGAAGCUCGAAACCCAUCUUUGGAAGGACUCGGUAAUCACAUUACCUGCUUUCAACCCAGAUGCUACUCCAACUGUUAUUGGCCGUACCAAUAUAUCUGCCACUUUAUCUACCACUGCACUAGCCGUUUUUCCUUCCUCCCUUUCUACGCCCCGCCUCACUACUCCUACUGCUGAAGACAAUCGUGCUCAACCCUCGUCUUCGGCUGGAUCAGAUGUCAGUGAAAAUGACCUUCCAGACGAAGAGGCAGAAGCGUUGAAACUCUCACGCAGAAUUGACCAAUCUCUACACCCCUACAUUAACACAUUUAUUUCGGUCUCAGCCACUCUGCGCUUCCCCCCUCCCUAUCCAAUCCUUCGCAUGAAGGAACUUGACAUGGAACUCAUUGACGCCAAGCGACGAUGGGAAGACGAAAUCAUCAGGCGAGAGGAGCGUUACCAUUCAGGAAUCAAUUCUUUACAUACUCGAGACGGCACCAUCACUGCUUAUAGUAGUACAGAUAUGAACUCGCCGGCAGUCGAGGAGAGCAAAUAUGACGAUAUCAACGCGCAGAUCGAAGCUCUUCCCACAAUGGAUCUGGGGCGGAGCCCUUCCCUAUCCACCGCCGUGUCUCCAUUAAAGAUGGAUGAUGCUUCAAGCUACUUUUCUGAUGCCAAUAUCGUAAACUUUUCUACCCCUCAGCCUACCAGUGCUUCUACUAUCACCAGUCCCAAUACGGAGGAGAUACGGGAGCCAAUGAAGACCGCUGAUGACAUCGCUGCAGAAAGUUAUUACGGCCUAGUCAAGUGGAAACACGAGGAGUUUCGUCGCAUAUGGGAAUGGUAUCUUCGGAAGAACAAGGACGAUUUUAUCGUCGAAAAAUACCAGUGUAUCAGUCUUUUGCAGUACACUAUUCCUAUCACUGAGGUCGAAUUGCAGCAAGCGUGCUUUGCACCUCGCUUGCAGUAUAUCACAUUCUACGGCGAAAAUGAUUGUACGCUCGGGCAAUACAUCGAAAAGUCAGUUACAGACACUCUGGUUCAGUGCUUGGAUCCUAAGUCAAUCUGUACCGGAAAAGCCUGUGAUCAACCACUAGCUCGACAUUGUCAAGUUUAUGUCCAUAACCAAACACGACUCUUUGUUGCUGUAGAACAAUGGGACGGUCAAAUCAUAGGUCGCUCGUUCUACCAACCAGCACCCGAUUUGGUCACCACUUGGAGUGCAUGUCGUGUAUGCGGCUCUGCAACUCCAUUCAUCCCUGUUUCCGAAGAGAUGCAGCGAUACUCGUUCGCGAAAUUCCUUGAACUUCAUUUCUAUCCUUCAGACGUCAAACUCGUGCAAGGUGCUGGCUGCCAGCAUAAUAUUUACCAAUAUCAUAUCCGAUAUUUUGCAUCCAAAGGCAUGACUGUGCGCUUUCAGGCGGAUCCGGUGGUCCUACACGAAGUCGUCUAUCCUCCGUUCCGUAUUCGUGUUCGACCAGAAACCCAGUUAGAUUUGAAAAACAGUGAUUAUCAGAAGCUGCAUAAUCGCAAUGUGCAAUGGUAUAGUGGUCUAAUCGAUGAUUUAAAGUUGAUCAGUAUUGAUGCUGCUACUGGAGAUGAAGAGAGCGAUGCCACUCUACUCGUGGAUAUAAAUCAGCUGAUUAGACGAGCUGAAGCCGAGCGAAACGACGUUGCGAAGCUGAUAAAUAGUAUUUAUAAGGAGACUGUACCUACUGAUACUCUUGCCCUGAACCAAGUCCGAUCAUACCAACAGGACAAAAUUGUAGCUUGGCAGCAAGACUUUGACCGACUGCCAAAACCGAAACCUCCUCCGACCACCGAUAGGACCAGUAAACGGAUUUCGACCUUUGGGUCUGUACGAGCCAUUUGGCCUCGAAGAUACGAACUCUCUGGUGCUUUCGAUCAUCCGCAUCUACCAUCUUCCAGUGUUUCUGAGGCCGAAGAGGGUCCCCUGAGCAUGCGACGAGCUACCGGCGAUUCGUUCACAUCUUCCGCCUCAGAAGCAUCGGAGCCGGAGCCUGAUCCAGAUUCUAUUCCGUCUCCCAUACCAGAGGGAUCCGUUCUAGCCAGUGAUUCAGAUGCAAAGUCGGAGCCAGAACCCGAACAACGCAAGAAUUCCAGCCAUGAUAAUCAAAUAGUGGCCAAGUCUGAUCCUGAAUCUGACUCUACAAUUGAAGCUGUGCGGGAACAGGGCAUUUCGUCCGAAGCACCAACUCUAGUAUGUGAAGGACAGUCUGGCCAACAUCGUCCGUCUAGGCUGCCACGUCGCUCAGCUAACCAGCCUAGUGUAGCCGACCUUGUAAAGAAGUACCAGGACUUUUUGCCUCCGCAAGGCGUGCAAGAAUUGACCAAGACUGCUUUUGCUCCUCGCAUUGUUGUUUCCGAAAGUGAUCAGGAAUAUAACAGCCCCCUUCAACAUCGUACCACUGUGCGGAACAAAAGCAAGCAUCGACUGCCCAGAAAAGGGUCCAUAUCUGAUUUUGAGCAGGGAUAUGCUGCCAAUAUUGCCCCUCGCUAUAUCACUCGAUCACGGAGAUCUUUAGGCACAACCAUACAUAACAGCCGUAUUCCCGGGCCUGCAGGUGUUUCGGAGUCUAGAGAAUCUUCACGGAGACCGUCUCCAGAAAAACGUCAGGGUCGAGUAAAAGGAAGAGAGGUUAAGUUUGGCCGGCAAUCGCCUCCUCCCACCAGUAGCAAAUUUGCUUCCACUACGCCUUCAAAUCUUAAAGGCAAUAAGCCUCGUAUACCUUCUCGUUCCAGAGAUAAAACACCAGCUAGACAAUCUUCAGUUGUUGGUAGCAAGUCGACUUUCAGGCGCCCGGCAGGGACACCCGGUAGUAAGGUUUCGAAUAUGGCCAAACACUUCGAACGACUGGGUCGAGACGCUGAACGAUCCAGGAGCCGUUACAAUGUCAUACGGGCAGGUAGGCGGGCGCGCCCUGUUGCUUCAGCUCGAGCCAAAGUGGAGGUUUUGGAAAGUGUUCAGGACGCUAUAAAGGACGACGACGAGAGUUCGAGCUCCGAUUCGUCAAGUGAAGCAGACGAUGAAGGAGGUGAGGACCAAGAUGAGGGUAAAACUGUGGCGGAGCUUGUUGAGCAGACGGAAUCUCCAGAAGAAGUAACUCGAGUGGAAGUGGUCAAAACUGCACCUCCAGAUUCCACCUUUCCUGAAUCGACUCAGACAGAUAAACAUAUUACUCCAGGAUCAGAAUCGACCGAAUCUUCUGCUACACUUCCUCCUUCUACUAUUUCCCUGCCUCCUUCUCCAUUUUUGAGGACGGAUCACAGUGUGUCGGUGACUCCACCGCAUUCGGACCUCGAAGCGCCCGUUCCCGGAACAGAGCGUAACUCCAUUUUGAAAGCGCUUUCCGGAUUCUGGUUGCAGCCUCCCCCCUUGACGCGUAGCUCGCUGGAUAACGACGAUCUAAUGGUGGAUCCCGAGCACAUCUUCCGAGACUCUUCCAUGGUGGUUCGAACGGAUGAGCCUACCUCGAUCAUAGCUCUUGCCUUGAACUCACCGCAAUACCGAGAUAUGCUAGCCAAAUCUCGAGCCGAGAAACGCACGGCACGUGAAGCACGGCUCACAGAAUCUGGUGGAGAAGCUUUUAUGCCAGACGACCGUUCUGUUGCGGAAUCGACAUCAACUUGGGGUGUUGUCAACAUGGACACUACAGAAUCCGUAGAUCCUACAGAAGAUUUGAAGGUGCCAUCAUCAAAACUUCCUUGGGCUAUCAGUUUUGAAAGUGGUGGCUUGACUAUCAGCUGCACCGUCUUAUAUCCGGAACAGUUUGACGCACUGAGGCGAACGUAUGGAUGCGAAAAAAGCAUGGUUGAAUCUCUGGCUCGCUGCAUCAAGUGGAAUGCGACUGGUGGCAAGUCCGGUUCCGCAUUCUUGAAAACUAAAGACGAUCGCUUUAUUGCCAAAGAGCUUUCCAGACCAGAGCUACAAACCAUGGAAACAUUUGCUCCAGCGUACUUCGAUUACAUGUCUUCAGCUGUCUCCGCAAAUAGGCCUACGCUCCUAGCAAAAGUCUUCGGCUGCUACAAGCUCACAUUCAAGAAGACCGGGAUUAGCGACAAGGGUCAGGGAAAGUCCAAGCAGAUGAAUUUGCUGGUCAUGGAAAAUCUUUUCUAUGAUCGUCGAUUUUCGAAGAUCUAUGAUUUGAAGGGUUCUACUCGCAAUCGGCACGUUCAGUCCACUGGUAGAGAGAACGAAGUCCUAUUGGAUGAGAAUCUUGUACAAACCGCCCAUAUUACGCCGUUCUAUCUUAGGGAGCAUUCGAAACGUAUAUUGCGUGGCGCUUUAUACAACGAUAGCAAGUUUUUGGCAGAUAUUAAUGUUAUGGACUAUUCUCUUGUUUGCGGUGUCGAUAGCCAUAACAAUGAGCUUGUAGUGGGGAUUGUUGAUUACAUUCGAACAUACACUUGGGACAAGAAGUUAGAGAGUUGGGUCAAGGAGACUGCGUUCCUGGGUGGAGGUAGAGGUGAACCGACUAUCAUCACGCCCAGGCAAUAUCGGCAGCGGUUCAUGAGUGCAAUGGAACGUUACUUUCCUUUGAUUCCUGAUCGUUGGUUGAAACAAAAAGACACGCCCGAAGAUGAUUCGAACUUGACGGAACUGUGGCCGGACUGGUAGAUUUUUUCUUUACUUGUUAUUUUAUUGCGUUGCUCGGCCUCUCGGAAUCAUUGUACUUGUAAUCUCUCACAUCUUGCAUCGCACCGAGUCUCGUUAUAGUUACUGUUCAUGUAAAUUUGAAUUUAUCUUGUCCAAGUUCCCAGCAAUACGUUAUUU